AUGGGAAAUCUAAAUGUGGACCAGAUCGUCCCUUACGAGAUAGACGAACUCCAGCAGCAAAACGAAAAGAAAAUUAACCAGAUAAAUGUUACAAGGGCUUUCGCAGACUUGCCUGUCCCGUUUUCUAUCUACAGUGCCCUCGAAAAGUACUUAUUGAUGCUCAUCAUCGCCAUGAUUGGUUUCUGGGGCACGGUUUCACCACCUUCUUUUUUUCCUGCCAUUCCUACUAUUGAGUCAUAUUUCAAUGUUUCAGAGACAGUUGCAAAUUUGUCGGUGGUGUCGUACCUUAUUCUUCAAGGAGUGGCUCCAACUUUUUCUUCAAAUAUUUCAGAUUCCAUUGGUAGAAGGCCCAUCGUCAUCCUUUGCUUGUUGAUAUAUAUUGGUGCAACUAUAGCAUUAUCCCAAACCAACGUUUUUUGGCUUCUAGUUCUAUUAAGGUGUGUUCAAGCUGCUGGUAUAGGGCCUACCACAUCCAUUACGGCCGGUUUUUCUGGUGAUAUUUGUACCGAAGCUGAUAGAGGAAGUUUUGUGGGGAUAGUCAUGGGAAUGCAACUCACUGGACAAGCGUUUGGUAGUAUAAUUGGCUCAGGCUUGAUUCAUUCGUAUGGCUGGAGAGGAAUCUUUGUGUUCUGCGCAAUUGGUUCAGGAAUCACCCUUAUCGGGGUGAUUUUUCUUUUACCAGAAACAGUUCGUCUGAUAGCUGGAAACGGGAGCGUCAGGCCUAAACGGGUCAUAAAUAUUGCACCGAUUCUUUUACUUAAACCUUUCAGUACAAGAUUGACCAACCAGGUGGAAACAUUAGCUCCGGUCACCCAGCUAAGCCUUUUGAGCCCCUUUCGAAUACUUUUCCGAUCGCAUAUAAUCUAUGUCUUGUUUUCCCCAGCAAUAAAAUUCGCUGUGUGGUCUAUGACAUUAACUUCACUAACACUUUUAGAAGGAGAUGGGUAUGAUUAUUCGGUACUUAAAGUUGGUUACAUGUAUUUGCCCCAAGGGGUGACGUGCCUUAUAGGGUCAGUGAUCACUGGCAGGUUAUUAGACUGGAGUUAUAAACGAAGCAAGAAAGCUUACGAUGAGAAACACAAACACAUUCAAGAGUCGGAACUGCCUGGGUUCAAUAUUCUUCCUUCACGGAUUUACAUUUCUAUUAUUCCUUCCGUCCUCCAGUUCAUUGGCAUUGUCAUUUUUGGUUGGUGCUUGCAGUUCAAAUUGAAUAUUGGCUCUAUUAUUGUUGGAACCUGUUUGAUUUCAUAUUCCUCCGAGGCGGCUCUAACAAUUUCCUCAACCGUCUUGGUAGACAUGUAUCCUACCAAUGCAUCAGCCAGUGUAUCUCUUAUGAACUUGACAAGAUGCUGUAUUUCUGCUCUUGGUGUGGGUGUUCUUUCCAAGAUGACUAGUUCCAUGGGCAUUGGGGGUUGUUAUACAUUUUGGGGGGCCGUGGGGUUGGUGGCCGAUAUGGUGAUGUUCUAUGCUGUUUGCUUCAAAAAGCAGUAA